CUUUCUUAACCCUUAGCUAACACAAUUUCAAACAAGCCUUGGCAACGAAACGGCUGCUUAAGCUGCCACAAAUUUGCAGCUCAGCUCGUCUGUUUUUAAAUAUGGUAGCUCAGGACCGCCUCGCGUUUCUUCCAUCAAGUGAAGUGAGUUGACUACUCUUUGAAGGCACCUAGGCAACCGUAAUUUAAGUCGAGGUCGGGCAGCGGGUCUAAACUCAGUGUUUCUUUCGGUCUCACGUUACUCACUAUGCUUCCUUUGGAACUGGUGGCAUGUGCACGAUAACCCUGCUCAAAGCUAACAUAUUGAAUCACUUUUUGCAAUAUGUUAACGGACAGUCUUGUUGUACAUAUUAUGCAUUGGUCCCCCGACAGCGCGUAUGGCGCUGAAUUCGGUACAAAACCUUGCUAGGUGAUGCCGCGAAAAAGACCGGCCGUCAACCGGUCUGGCGCUUGCGCAUUUUGUCACAGCGACGAUAACCAUCCUCUACUGGGUAAUUUAUUAGAAAAAGGACCCCUAAAGUUCCAUGCAAAUUGUAUCUUUGCUGCUAGUGGUCUCUCUCAAGAUAAAGAUGAAGGUUACACGGAUGAAAAUUACAUACACGGUUUUCAUAUCGAAUCAAUUCAAAGAGAAUUACGUCGCGCAAGAGUCCUUAAUUGUUCUUACUGCCGAUUUUCUGGUGCGAGCGUCGGAUGUGUUGUUGGUUCAUGCCCUUGCUCGUUUCAUCUUCCAUGCAUAACCAAAGCCAAUGGUAUCACUAUAUUCAAGGACCCAUUUCCGUCCUAUUGUAGACGGCACGUUCCCAAACAAAAUCUCGAUGCAUGGUUGAAACAGCCCUCGGAAGCUCCGUCCUGCUGCAUCUGUUUGUUCUCCAUAGUCCCCGAGGAAUUGCACCUUGAUAACAAACCGAAACUCAAACGCAGUCCAACGUUAAGGCCAGCUACAACUCCUAUCGCUGUUCGGCAACUUCCUAGACGAUCCUGCGUGGCCAUGACCACUCCAAAACGUAUUCGAGUUUCAGUAACCUGCGAAGUGCGGAGUUUAUCAGUAUCCAACAGUUCAUCUUGGGAAGUGUCCGAUCCAGUGUCUGAAGAACAAGUCUGCGAGUCUCCCCAACCAUCGCCUGACACUGUCUUCUCAUUGGCACCCUCAUUGAUUCACCUGCCGGAUUGGUUAAAGAGCUUUCUGUCUACUUUGCCUACUUCGCGCCAACUUUCAGUCUAUCAAUCAUGGCUCCACGACACAGUACAUGGCGCUUGCUGUCCCAAAGCUUGGAUGCACAGGGAUUGUAUCAACGGCUACGCAGUCUCCGCUGCCCUGCAUUACUUAAAGUGUCCCUAUUGUGCAGAUAGACAAAUAUUCAUCCCUUCUGUUUUAGACGCUGGUGUGUGGGUUCCAGAUCGGGAUGCCGCCUGGGAGCUUGAGCCGGGCGCCUUUGCCGAAUUGGGAGUUAGUGAUACAACUAGUGACAGUGAUUCUCCAAGGAUAUCAGAAUCCAACGAAACAAGUUCCCUUUCUGCAACACACACCGUGGUCCCAGAAGGCGAUUCCACUCCACAACAAAUGAGAUCAAUGAGACGUUCUGCAAGGCGAGUAGCGACGAUUUCUGUGGCUACCGAUUCCCCUCCAAGCACACCCACUCCAAAUCCCAAGCCCAUUCUCACACUCGUGUGGAACAAUCGCCAGUUUGAAACACGUGGUCGAUCUAGUGCGACUCAACCUCGGCACAGACAACGCCGAUUCACGCAGAUGACCGUGAAAAAGACAUCGCCGGACACAGUUCAACGGCGGAUUAACGUAUCGCGCAGACGACUAUCCCUUUUCCCGUGUAACAGUGCAUUUGAGGUACCUCUAGGCAGCCAAUUUUCGGACAAUCACAGGCUCCGACAAGCAACUUUAGGUUCCUUUUUGGCUAAUUUUCGAGUGUCCUCUCCCAGUUAAUUCAUGGUUAUCUCUACAUUUUACACUGCUUUACUGCGAUUGUACAUAGAUACCAAAGCUCUCUUUUUUGACCUCUUGCUUCAUCAUUCAGUCAGAGAGGACUUUAACGCUUUGUAUUUCAAUAGGUUUUUCAACAUACAUUGUUCUCCUGAUUGUUG